AUGCCUCCGUUGUCCAAGAAGAAUAGGUCAAGUGUGGCCUGUAACUUGUGCAGGGAAUGCAAAUUAAGGUGUAAUAACAAUAAUGAUGGUAGGCCAUGCCGAAGAUGUGAUUCAUUGAAGCUUUCAUGUACUUACACGUUGAAAAAAUCUCAGAUAUAUAAGAAAAACUUAAGCAAGAUUCCACAUAACAUUAGAAAAACUAAAUCUAAUUAUACAAACCGAAAUAAUCAAAAUAAGGAGGAUGUGGGAGUAGUUCUCCCAGAAAAAUGGAUACUAAUGGAAGUUGCAGAAAUAUUUUUCAAGAACCAAUAUAAAGGUAUUUUUCCCUUUGUACAUAAGUCCACCUUGAUUUCAUUCUUAAAAUCGAAUGAAUUUGACCCGAAAACGUAUAUAAAUGAAUAUAAUCAUAAAUUUUUCAAAGCGAGUUUUUCAAACUCAUUGAAAUAUCCUGAUCCUAUUCUAUUACUCGCUAUUCUUGGACUCUGCUCUAGACUCCAUCCCGUUUUAUCUGAAAUAUAUGGCGGCUUCUCAGAGACAGAUGAACCUGAGUUAUUUGUACCAGAUACCCUGUAUUACAAGACUAUGAAUGGCAAUAUACGACAUGAAAGUUCGAGCAAUACUGAGAGGAGCAGCCCAAAAACGCCUUACGAAGUUGAUUCAGAUUUAGAUAAUGCCUCAAAUGCUUCCAAUUAUUUUGGAUGGCAUGCGCGGAAUCUUCUUAAAGAUGUAUUCGAUAGUCCAACCAUACAAAGAAUUCAGAGUUUAACUCUACUAAGUAGCCAUGAAUGGGGGGAAGGAAACACAUCAAGAAGCUAUCUUUAUAUUGGUAUUGCAGCAAGAAUGGCAUUGGUGCUUGGCUUAGGUGAAGAGAAGAAUUUAUGUGAUGAUGAUGACAAUGCAGAUGAAGGAGAUGAUGUAUCGAGAGUUAUUUCGGUUGAAUGCAAAAGACGGACUGUGUGGUCAGUUUAUAUGAUGGACAGGUGUAAUUCAAGUGGCAGGGAGAGAUCACCAGCUAUAAGAAUUGAAGAAAUUAGAAUUAAGCUACCAAGUACUGAAGAUGACUUCAUUUUUGGGAAAGAGAGUAGUGCACAAACAUAUGCUGGACUUAUAUCCAACAUCGAAGAUAAGAAUAUUCAGGAAUUGAGCAGAACCUCUUUCUAUGGAUUCACGAUAGUAUUAUUUGAAAUAUGGUCGAAGAUUGCAAAGUGGGUAGGUGAAAUUGGUGGGAAGUAUGAAACAAUACCACCCUGGGAUCCAAAUUCUACAUUUUUCAAGCUUUCCGCUGAGUUAGACUCUAUUCAAUCGGCUUUUCCAAGACAUUUAGUAUACAACUCAUUUAAUUUAGAAGCGCACAUCUCACAAGGAUCGGCACCAAACUUUGGUUAUCUACACGGGCUUUCCUUCUUGUGUCGGAUUUUUUUAAACAGAGAGUAUUUAUUUUGUGAUCCAGAUUCUUUUACUUUCCAUUGGUGGAGAAACUCAGUGAAUAUCUUAAUGAUCUCAGUAGAGAAAUUAUCUACGUUGAUAAAUAACCUUAAACUGCGGGAUCUAAUGGUUAUUGCUCCAUUUACUGGAUUUGAAUUAUUCUCAGCCGCUGUAACUGGUCUAUAUUUCUAUGCCUUUCCUUCUGAUAUUAUAAUAAAGAAUUAUCCAUUUAUAAUAGACGAAAUAGUUCCUGUGGAUUCUGAAGAAGUUAGAAAUAUGAAGGAAAAGUUCAAGACAAUGUCAUUAGAUAAUAUACAAGGAUUACGUACUUGGAGUAACGUAUGGGGAUUAGGUAAAAAGUGGUAUAAUUUAGCUAAAUUUCUACAAGAAGAAUUUGAAACUUUUAGGAUUAACUCAUCUAACUCACCUACAACGAUUCAGAAUGAGACUAUACGACAUACCAUGCAUGAUUAUGGUAAUGGUGAGGUACAAGAGGUAUAUAAUCCAAAACGUCAUCGUAAUAUAAAGCUUGUUAAUUCACUACUAAAAAAUAAGGUCCCCGUUUCACCCGCUCAUAAUGGUGAUAUCCCACUUAAUUCUUCGGAUUCGACCCCAGAUACUGACACGACUAAUAAGAAUGUAUUCAAAGAUGAUGUAAUGUUAAAUUAUAUUUCUUCCCCUGCUUUGAACUUUCUACAAAGUUUUGAUUCUGCAAGCAUAUUUCCUGGAUGGAACGAUAAUUUGGAGAUCUAA